AUGAGGCAAGGCGACGUGUAUUUGCACAAUGCCCCGGCCCUACCGAAGAAUCUGACGUUCAAGGGAACCACCAAGGAAGAGAAGCAGGUUUUUAUGGUUGUGUACAAUGUGUGGAUCAGCCAGACGAACACCCUGACUGCCAACGGGGCGCGACAGUUGAUCAUGCCGGUGAACGCAUGUAUCGAGCCCGGGACGAAACAGUGGAUCGCCGAAUGGGACAUGGGGAAGGAUCCCGACGACGUAUCCGAGGGCGAAUGGGUCGCCUGGUUCAUGCAAGGCUACGAUAUCGACCUUCGGGCCCUGGAUACUUUAAAGAAACGAAUCAAGUCCGCCGUCGUUUUUGACAUGUCAAUCCCGGACGCGGACUCCAGGAUCAGACGUAUGUUGGAUGGCCUAGCCGCUGCUAUCCACCGGCACCGUCAAGAAUGGGUGAUCCGGGAAUAA